AUGGAGCUCCGGGAACCGCCGCGCUGCUCCAGCAGAGCUCCGCGAGCCCAGGCCGCUGCAAGGCUGCUGGCGCUCACGCGUCGGCCUGGCGGAGACCCUGGCAAUGCCGACGGGAGGCGGCACUGGGAGCGGGCGCCUCUGCUCGUGCAGCGGGGUGACCCCGGCUACUAUGCGGGGCUGUUUUCCACGGCUGACUUCGACGCCAUUCUGCGCAGUGGUGACGUGCGCUUCGGGACCCACCUGGACGUAACCAGCUAUGCUGAGGGGGUGCGGGAGACACACAACCCCGUGGGCCAGGCGCUGCCUGCCGUCGUCUGGGACUUUUACCAGAACGGCUGCUCCCUGCGGCUCCUCAACCCCCAGGCCUUCUCCACCACUGUCUGGCACUUCCUCUCCAUCCUGCAGGAGCGCUUUGGGAGCAUGGCUGGGGCCAACACCUAUCUCACGCCGCCAGGCACGCAGGGCUUCGCCCCUCACUACGACGACAUCGAGGCCUUCGUGUUGCAGCUGGAGGGCAAGAAGCGCUGGCGCGUUUACAGCCCCCGGACUAGCUCAGAGGCACUCCCCCAGUUCUCCAGUGCAAACCUCACGCAGGCGGAGCUUGCUGAGCCCCUGCUGGAAGUGGUGCUGGAAGCUGGAGACCUGCUAUACUUUCCCCGGGGCUUUAUCCACCAGGCUGACUGUCUGCCAGACGUGCACUCGCUCCACAUUACGGUGUCCUCCUACCAGAGGAACUCCUGGGGAGACUUCUUGGAGAAGCUCCUUCCUGCUGCCCUGCAGAUGGCCCUGGAGGAGGACAUUGAGUACCGAGAAGGGCUUCCCAUGGACUGCCUGGGGUACAUGGGGGUCGCCAACUCAGAUGCAGUGGAUGCUCGCCGAACAGUAUUUGUGGAGAAGGUGCAGCACCUGAUAAAGAAACUUGUUGACUAUGCACCCAUUGACGCUGCCAUGGAUCAGAGGGCUAAGUCGUUUCUUCACGACUGUCUCCCCCCAGUGCUUACACAAAGUGAGAAACAGCUGAGCGUGUAUGGCUUUCCAGCCCAGUGGCAUAAUGGAAGGCCCUGCAAUGUUGAUAUACCAAUAACAAAAGACACAGAAAUACGUCUUCUCCAUCAUGGCAUUGUUAGAUUGUGCAACGAAGAAGCAGGCGUGAUGCUAUAUUACACAACAGAAAACUCAAGAGUGUAUCAUAAGGAAGACCCCAAGUAUCUUGAGAUAGAUCCUGAGUACACAGACAGUAUUGAAUUUCUCCUGUCCUCCUAUCCAAACCACGUCAGCGUAGAUACCCUCCCAUGUGAUGCCUUGGAGGACAAGAUUUCUCUAGCCACACUCCUGUUUGAGAAGGGCCUUCUGAUGACUAGGAAGCCACUGGUGCAAGUGUAACUCUUGUUUUUUAACAAAAUAAAAAUACAUUUGUUUAGAAAA